AUGAGUUUGGAUGUCGCAAGUAUCCUUGCCAUCGCAGCAGCGCUGCUCAGCCUUCCACCCUCGAUACUUGCAAUAUGGUCACUGAGCCAACAUCUUAGAGGCCCUCAGACAGAUAUUGAAGUUGGUAGCACCCCUGGAGCCGGUCCACAAGAUUCCGACACCAUUCCCUUCCGUCCGAAAGAUGAUCAGGCUGUCAUGCUCCAAACGCUGCCCAAGAUCGAUGCUGUGGCUUUGUCCACCCCACCCAAACCAUGUCUUCUUCGAACGACCGACACCAACGAGCAAUUAGAGUAUCGGUGA